CAGACAGGCAUAUAAAUAAAACUCACACAUUCACGGUCGUCUUCUCCUCGGACUAGGGUUUUCUCUAAAUUCGGCACAUCCCCUUCCUCUUGUCCUACCCUUCAACGCUCUCGAGUUGUUCGUUCUCUUCAAUCUGCAACAUGGGGAAGACACGUGGUAUGGGAGCUGGUCGCAAACUCAAGUCCCACCGUAGAAGACAAAGAUGGGCUGACAAGGCGUAUAAGAAAUCUCACCUUGGGAAUGAAUGGAAGAAACCUUUUGCUGGUUCAUCUCAUGCCAAAGGCAUUGUUCUUGAAAAGAUAGGUAUUGAAGCUAAGCAGCCAAACUCUGCCAUCCGUAAGUGUGCUAGGGUUCAACUCAUUAAGAAUGGCAAAAAGAUUGCUGCUUUUGUUCCCAAUGACGGUUGCUUGAACUAUAUCGAGGAAAAUGAUGAAGUGUUGAUUGCUGGAUUUGGGCGUAAAGGUCAUGCUGUGGGAGAUAUUCCCGGUGUUAGAUUUAAGGUAGUUAAGGUUUCAGGUGUCUCUCUUCUGGCUCUUUUCAAGGAGAAGAAGGAAAAGCCUAGGUCUUAGUUUUGAUUUUUUGUUCCCUCACUGUUGUUUUGAGUGCCUCUUGAAUCGACAAAAUGUUUUUAAUUUCGUGAACAAUUUAGUAUGUGUCAUCAACUUAAUUGAAAUUUUGAUAUUGUGGAUUUCAUAUUAUUAUUUCUUUGUAGCUGCAACUUUGUUGAAAAGAACUCCGAUGAGAGUGAAUUAAUGGUGGAGAGGCUAUUUUUUGCAUUGA